AUGUGCACAGGGAAGUGUUCGAAGUGCAUUGGGAUCACCCUCUUCCCACUGGCAGUAUGUGCCAUUGUCUCCAACAUUCUCCUGUACUUCCCCAAUGGACAAGUACUGCAGCUCAGCGAGAUAACUGAUUUGGUCUGGUUUUUCCACGGCAUUCUGGGAGCUGGGAUACUGGUUAUUUUGCCGGCAUUCAUGAUGCUGGGAGCAGGUGGAGCAGGAUGUUGCGCUAACAGAUGUGGGAUGCUGCUGUCAGUGAUCCUGUCUGUGCUGGGAUUUGCAGGAGGAGCAUACUGUGUGGUCAUCUCUUCAUUGGGGCUGAUUGGGGGUCCUCUGUGUGACACAGGCGAUGGAGAAUACCUCUACCCCUUCAGAAAUGACACUCUGAAAGACAAUUAUUUGUUUAACCAGACAACAUGGAGUAUUUGCAAGCAACCUGAAAACAUCAUCCUUUGGAAUAUCGUCCUUUUCUCUAUUCUCCUGGCCAUCGGUGUGAUUGAAGCUAUUCUUUGUUUCAUUCAAGUCAUCAAUGGACUCACUGGCUUCAUAUGUGGCACAUGUAUGAGGAGAAGAAAGACAAAUAUUUCUGGAAUGUGAAUGACCUACAAGGAAUGCCAAGACAAGCCCCGAACUGCUGAUUCACAUCCAAUAAGGAUAGUGCACUGUACUGUUUUAUUUAUGGGGGGGGACAACAAAAAUAAAGUUCAGGUGUUUCACAGGGAAAAAUGGGGUUUUUUAUAAUAAAGUCAGGGUGGAAGAGAGCUAGAUCCUUUCAGUCUGAGACUCCACAUUUUCAUCUCUCUAAACAUACCCACUAAACCUCAGGUGCUGGCAAAAACAUGAAUCUAUCUGGCCCUUACUGCUGUACUUGUGUAUAAAGCACAAGAGUCCUCAGAUAAAAGAUCACCACUUGCCCUCUCAUGUAUGUGGGAAAUGGAGCUGUUCUUAAUAUAUACAUCUAUCAGCUGCAGGAAGCAGGCACUCUGUGGCUGAUGUAAGUAACGUCCCACCCUCCUCAAAUCCCACCAUGAGCUCUCCCGUCUGUUCCUUCUGAUUUUUGAAUGGGGUACUCACAGAUUUGAAUGAGGAUGAGCAGAGAAUAUAUCGAGCAGUGUUUGAGACACUGCAGAGGCAACUGAAGAACAUGGUUUUCAGCCUCUUUCUGCCACCCUAGAGUCAGACUCCUUGGCCAAAGCCCAGAGCACUUCUAAAUCGGUUCUUCAGGGGCAUCUGAGAAUUGUGGCAGCCUUAGUGGAGCAUUUGGGUCAAUACAGACUGUAGGGUUUGCAGCAAGAGUUUAGAAGUGUCUGGUUUAACAAAAGGUGAAGCACCUCACCACCAAUUUUGUCUUCAUGAAACUGCCUAAGAAUUUCACAAACUUCUACACAGAUCUGUAGGGCUGUUCUAGAACAGAGCACAUGGAUCAAAGAAUUAACUCGACAAAGAUAAACAAAGAUAUAUGCAGUAAUUAUGUGAGCUUAGUAAUAAAUGGAAGAUAUAAUCUGAAGGCAGCAAAUUGCAUCAGCUUUAGUUUUUUAGCAACAGUAAUACCAACCAGGAACUGCAUUAUUCCCCAUCAUCACUCAAGAGCAAGAUCUUGAUCUUGAGCUGAUGUCCGUGACUGGGAAAUUUCAGAAAAGUCAUCAUUUCAGUGACUUCCUCAAAGGUUAAUUCUUGGACAUGAACUGUCUUUCCUCUGUCAGCCAAACCAUGAAAUAAUCUUUACCCAUCCUGAGUGCAUGUAGGCAGCGAUGAAACCUGAAUAUAUUUAGAGCACUGGGAGUCUAUUUUUGCUGAUUUGUGUUUUCUCAAAGUUGUUCAUAUUUCUGCACUGUAACUUGGGAGCAAGCUCUUUAAACACACUUAUUGCAGACACAUACGACUGCUUGUGCUGUUCUCUAAUGCAGCACGCAAAAUGCUUCACAUUCUCCUUAUCUAAAAUGAAGAAGAAAAUGUCAGUUGCCUAGGUGAGAAGCAUAUGCACCUUGGAACAUAGUUUCACCCCUAAAAGCAGGAAAUUUAACCUAUAAAACUUAAAUGCGACUUCUGUAAAGAAGAAAGCUUAAGACUUGCUGAAGUUUGCAAUCCAUCACUAGAUGCAUCCAAACCUGCCAGGUGGCUUAAAAAGCUCAUGUUCAUUGCCAGCAGUGAAGCAUGGACAGUGCAACCACUUACAGCAGACAGCAAACCAGGAAAAGAGUUAAAGAGGCAGAGGGAAAUAAGAAUAUUCACAUGUAGUCAAGUGGAGAGAGAUUCUAUCAUCAGAACAGGGCUCUAUGAACUCUUUACAGUCUCUAACUACCCGCCCUUCCUCAUCCCUUACCUGACUCUCACCUCUGGGAUAAAGCCAACUUUGGCUGUGCUAGCACCAAGAGAGGAAUUGAUACCCACUGGCACACCUCCAGCACAGAAAAAUAAGUGCACUGUGCUGCUGCCAUCUGCUUGUUCCAGGCUGUCCUGCCCUGAGGAUGUCUGUGUGCUCCUGGGAACACCCUCUGUCCUGCCAAAUGUGUUACCACUGGCCUCAUUGAUUUAUGUAAAUAUUAAAUAUUGCUAUUCUGAACUUAUUUUCUUGUUUAAUUUGUGUAGUCUGAAGUCUGUAGUUUGAAUUUGUGAAUUCAAACUACCUCCAAUAGGAAAAUAAAUGGAGUAACAGAGAAAGCAGAGUUAAAUCAUCUAACUUGAAUCACCAUGAAGAGGUCUCUUCUAGGGUAGGCAUCAAGAUACAUGGGCCAAGGGGAGAGGCAACCUUCCUCCAGCCCACACUGAAAGAGAUGCCCAAGACAAGUGGGCAAGCCUUUAUGAGCAAGGUUCAGUUGUCCACCAGGGACAGGAACCUCUGGUGCCAUUUGAAAUGCAGCGAAGAACCCAUUCACAGAUGUCCAGAGAUCCAAGGGUCUCAUCUGGGGUUAACAACACAAAGGUGUGAAUGACCAAAGCAAACAGUUGUCUCUUGCAAACACAAGGAUGCUAAAAAUUCAUUUAGUGAAAAUACAUAAAGGUGACUAAAUUUAGAUGAAAUUAUUUCAGCUUAUGCUUUUUUGGAUCCCCCAAAUCACCUUUUACAGGAGUCAGAGCCUGUCCUCUCAGAAGCAUCACCAGAACCUUCUCCAGGAGCCAGCCAGCGCAUUGCAACAGGGGCAGCUCCUCAUGCCAAGCACCACAAGGAGACCUGCAAACUCAAGCUCUUCUGGUGGGCAAGGCUUCAAAACAAAAUACAUAAUACUAAAUACAACAAGAACUUUGAUUUGAACAGAGUUGGCUUAACUGAAUAUAUUGCGCUUCAGAAUUAGGAUUACUACAGAUUUGAAGUUAUUGGUUUGGGGUAUUUUCCCAAAACUGAAAGAAUUCUUUCAGGGAAAUCUCCUAGCAAAGGAAAAGAGAAAUUUUGUCCUUGAAAAGUUUUUUGUAUUGUAUACAUGAAGAACUUAGUAAAACUAAGGAACUCAUUAUUCUAUAUCUAACUUUUCUCUAUAUUCAUCUAUCUAUCUAUCAUCCAUCUUUCUUUCUUUCUUUCUUUCUUUCUUUCUCUUUCUUUCUUUCUUUCUUUCUUUCUUUCUUUCUUUCUUUCUUUCUUUCUUUCUUUCUUUCUUUCUUUCUUUCUUUCUUUCUUUCUUUCUUUCUUUCUUUCUUUCUUUCUUUCUUUCUUUCUUUCUUUCUUUCUUUCUUUCUUUCUUUCUUUCUUUCUUUCUUUCUUUCUUUCUUUCUUUUCUGUAUAUAUCAACUUUAAAUAAUUAAUAGACAAGAACUACCCAGACAUAAAGACAAAAAUAUUUGUGUAAUUUUGAUAUUAAUUCACUAUACUGUGCAAUCACACUACACCAGCUCUGACUGAAGGACUUAAAUAUGUUUGGUCUGCAUCAAAUUAUCCCUCUCUGUCCUGCAUUUGAAACUCACGGAGGAGAUCAGCCACUUCCAAUUAGGACUAACUUGGGAUAGGAAUAAAACUUUAGAGCAAGGACAUCAUCUGAAAAAUGUAAAUGUUUGGAGACCAACAGUCCUGUGUUUUAGCUGUCAGGGUCAAGGACACAAUCCAAAUACCUGGGCUAGACACCACAUACUAGGUCAUACCUUCUAAUUUCAAGAGGAACUGUCAGUUCAUUUUCAUGCAAAUUACUUAGAUGCCUCAGGCCCAGGUACUCGAUGUUCUCGAUUUUUUUGGCUUUUUUUGGCACAGCAAAGUAAAGCACUGAGAGGUUGAUCCUUGCAGACGACAGAGUGCCACGGCCUCUGCUCUACUCUCCCAGUCCCAGUCCUGUGCCUCUGAUCCCAGGUGAACUCUUUUACACAAUCAAACUUUAAAAAACCCCCAAGGGAACUAAAAAAACCCCAAACCUUUCCAGACUCUCAGAGUGCUUUAUUUCAUCUCCUACAGAGCACCAGCUCUUAUGGCUUGACCCUUUCCAGAGGAGUGACAGCCACCCUUCAGAAAUGCCCUUCCCUGUAGGACCUCCCUCAUCUGGAAGCAUCCCUUUUGUCCUGAGCCCGUGGCCCACAGAGAGCCAUCUAAAGCCCAUCAGCAAUAAUGUAGCACAUUUAACCCAGAGAGGCAGAGCAAAGGCAUGGUCUUGGGCACAAGAGGCUAUUGCUUUGUCCAUCUUUAUUUCUUCCUGUUGGCCAGCUUCAAAGCUGAGUAGCUCAUACAGUGCUUAUACUUACAAAGCUGUAAGUGCUCACUACAGUGCAGAUGAUUUCUAAAAUACAUAGAAAACUUCACUGGUACACAGCACUCCUCACUUUCUUUCAGGUAUUCCUCUGUUCUUAUCAACAACCCAUGUCAGAGUCUGUCCCAUCGAGGUCAACUAAUAAGGUGUAAGAGUUAAGAGGUCAGCUGAGUAUUGUAGAGUCACAGAAUGGUUUGAGUUAGAAGGGACCUUUCAAUCGUCUAGUUCCAACUCCCUGGCACAGGCAGGGACACCUUCCUGUAUUAGGUUGCUCAGAGCCCUGUCCAACACAGCCUGGAGCACUUCCAGGGAUGGGACAUACACAGCUCCUCUGGGCAACCUGUGCCAGUGCCUCACCACCUUCACAGUAAAGAAUUUUUUUGUGAUAUCUAAUCUAAACCUGCCCUCUUUCUGUUUGAAUUCAUUACUCCUUGUCCUGUCACUACAUGCCCUUGUAAAAAGUCAGUCCUCGGCUUUUAUAUUCCCUUCAGGUAUUGGAAAGAACUCGUAUCCCCAUAGUUCACAACUGUUGAAGAUACACUAGAGUAUCUUGGCUGCUAUUCCAGGAGGGCCAGGUGUCUCCAAGAGGGACUGUAACCUCUGCUUGGCCAAUUGGACAUCUCACAGGUUUUAUAGCAUCUCAUGUGACACCAGUCAUCUCUAUGUGAGCAUUCGAAUCAAGCUCUGAAACAUCUACUGGGUACAGUGGCACUGCUCUUAGAAGCAACCAUGAAUUUAUCAGUCUGAGACCUGUCUUGCCUCACAAGACUAGAAACAGGUCAGUCAAUCAUCCCCUAAGAUUGUGUAUUUCUCCCCAUGGGUUACUCUGGGAGCUUGAAGUGAACAGCACAGCAGCUGGCACCCAAAGCUGCAGCCCCUCAUCAUGAGCAGGGAGCAAAGCCCACCUCAAAAAUUUCUUCAUUGGUGAGAUUUCUUUUUUUUUUUUUUCUCCUUAAAAUAGAUACAUUAGCUGAGAGUCAUUUAAUGGCAAAAGAUAACAGAUAAAAUAACAGAUUCAGUGAGGAACUGGUCUUCUUGGUAUAAGCUUGUAUUUUUACAAUACUUCUUCCUUGCACUGUAUAUCAGCAAAACCUCUCCAGAUUCAGAUGAACUACCUUACACAUCCUCUUUCUCCUUCACCCAAUCAUGCAAUGUUUUCUAUAAUUGUGUCCUAUCACAUCUGCCCUUCACUCCUCUGGAUCUUUAAGUGAAGUUUCUUCUGGAGAAUUUUAUGCCUGACAAUUUUUGGGUUUUUUCCCCGAGAGAUAAAAAAAGCAGGGUCAGUCCAGACAUUCUCUGCAGAUGUCAAAGAACAAAUCCAAAGCUUGCUUUGGGCAUGUUGAAUUUAGUUGACCCUCUCAUGAGGGGUGUCUGACUCUCAUCCAGGAGUGUCUGACUGCAGAACAGGCUGAGAUCUAGCUGUAUUCACCGUCAGCCACAUGGUCCUUCAACCUUUUCCUGUUUCUGUGUACAAAAUGUGCUGCAAAACAUUUGUUCAUAGAAAAAAAACUUAGUAUGUGUACACUCUUUUAAAAGUUUGUGGAACACCCAUUUUGAGCAAGGAAGGCAAACCAGAGAAAACAAUGGCUCCACUGCCAUUGGCAAUGGAGCUGCAGUUUCUGGGACCUUGUAGCAGGUUCAUUUGAGGUGGAACAGAGUGUUUCUAAUUACCAUAGAAAAAAAAUGUGCCUUUAAAAUGCAGUGUCCCUUUUUGUACUUAAAAUAAUUGGAUCAAUUUUAAAAGUCGUUACUCAGUGAAAAUAGCAUUUGAUUAUAAAUAUAAAGGAAUAUUUCUCCUAAGGCAGGUUAAGUAAGCAUCUGGUUGUUAGGCUUUUUCAUCUCUUUUAAUUUUCACUUCUUUUUAAACACUAAUUAUAGUCUUCCCUCCAGAUCACUGCAUAUCUUACCAAAACCUUUAUUUCCCCUUGCACAGAGAGGCAUCACAGAAAACAUGGAGUUCCUGCAGUUCUCCCCUUUUCUUCUCACAGCCAUCACCUAUGUGCCUGUGUGCUCCUACCGUGUCCUGCCAAUGGGGUAUGCUUAGCCUGUGCCACUGUCACUUCCAUGCACAGCUACUCCUAUCUGUCUGCAGGAGCUGCUGCACUGCAGAAAACCUUCCUAAAGAUUUGGCCUUUCACUCAGAGUGCAUCUGAGAAGAAGACAUCUGAGAUUUCCCCAUGGAAAGGAGCUUUGCACUCCACAGAUGAACAAAGGUAUCCAGGAAAGGUAUACACGUACCCUAAAAUGGGCAGAUUUUACAUAGAAUUGGUUAUAAAAAUCCAUAUGUGGACAGAUGGUAAAGAUUGAAAGAGCAACUAAAAAGAUAUCAGUGUGGCAACUCUACAAUAAAUGUACAAUAAAUGUAACCAACUUAAUUCUGUAAUGCAUAUAUGAGCAUUUUUCCCAGAAUUAUUUGUUUACAGAGAACUUCACAAAGUUAAAAAGUCUGUAUCAUUCCUAGACUUUCACUGAAGACUCCAACACCACCUCACUUUCCUACCAUUUUCCAAUGAUUCCUUUGAGAAUCAUCAUGUAGCUCCUUUCAUUGGUCAAUGGUAAAUCUUUUUUUACUGUUUCCUAGGUUUAUUUUGAUCAUUGCUGAGAAUUUAGUCUAGUCAACUUUAAACAGACAAAUUCUCAGCCUUAUCUGCUGCUUUAGCCUUGUGCCUAGCACCCAGAGAAAUAUGGAGUAUCUUCAUUCUCUUUCAUAUCAGACAAAAUAUAACAUUUCUCCUACUUUAAGCCAAUCUAGUAAUACCCCUCACAUCAGUGUUCCGUUAUGCAUAUCAACACUAAUUCCUGUGCUCUUAAUCUUUGCUCCUCACAAAAAUAAGAUUGGCUAUCUACUGGAGAAGAGGGAAGGCUGCAGAAUUGCCAGUGUU